AUGGCACGUGGGACCCUCGCCGACCAUCUCUACCACAACGAUAACCCGCCUCUUUCUUGGGAGCAACGGCUUCAAAUUUGUAUUGGCGCGGCACGAGGGUUGAGCUACCUUCAUACCGGGGCCAAGGGCACCAUCAUCCACCGUGACGUGAAGAGCACGAACAUUUUAUUGGAUGAGAAGUGGGUGGCCAAAGUAUCGGACUUUGGAUUGUCAAAAAUGGGAGCUACCAACACGUCCAAGACUCACAUUAGUACAAUGGUGAAAUUUAGUUUCGGAUAUUUGGACCCGGAAUACUACCGAUGUCAACGGCUAACUGAGAAGUCGGACGUGUAUUCAUUUGGUGUAGUAUUGUGUGAGGUACUGUGUGCAAGGCCGGCUGUGAUGCAUACGAUGGAGCUGAAGCAAAUGAACUUGGCUGAGUGGGCCCGGAAUUGUCAUUGCGACAGGGAACUUGAUCAAAUUAUUGAUCCAAGCGUAAGGGUUAAGAUUGAAAUUCAGUGCCUGAAUCAGUUUAUUGAGAUUGCAAUGAGUUGCAUGAAUGAUAGUGGGAUCGAACGGCCGUCAAUGAAUGAUGAUGUGAGGGCGCUUGAGGUUGCAUUGUAG